AACGUGGCAGUCAUUAUACACAAACAUGGCGGCCAGAUGAGAAAGUAAAGUUAAUUUCCGCGUGUGUAUGUUGAAAAAUACCAUUUAACCCUACAUAUAUUUGUUUUUGAUAAAAACCGAUUUGCAAUUUAGUUGCAAGUAACUUUACAGGCUACUGAGAAUGGCUGCGUGGGCUGGAUUUUCAGAGGAAGAACUGCGAAGAAUGAAACACAACGGCGAAGUCGUAAACCAGGCUGUGUCUGUCACAUUGGGUCGUGGCCGGAAAGCUGCUCCGACUAACCGGAGCAGACAGCAGCUGCAGCGGGAAAGGGCUCUGCAGCUGGCAGCCAAACAGGAGGAGGACAGCCACUCUCUUCCACCCGACCAACAGCUUACCAAGCCCCCAGACCCGCCUGCUGUCAGUCACCCCGCUCCUGUCAAACCACGGGACGAGCCCAAACCGUUGGAAUCGCAACUGGUUGAAGCAGAACCUGUUAAACAUGACCCAGAAUCACCUGCAGAGUUUGCACCACCAGCAGUCAUCAAGGAGCUGGACAAACAGCAAGUGGAAUUGCGGGAGAAGAACCGUCUGCAGCAGUUGCAGUGGGAGCAACGGAUAAUGGAAGAGAAGAAUAAAAAAAGAAAAGCUCUCCUUGCAAAAACCAUUGCUGAAAAGUCCAAACAGACACAGGCUGAAGCUGUGAAACUGAAGAAGAUCCAGAGAGAACUUCAGUUACUGGAUGAUUCUGUGUCCAGCGACAUCGGGAUUCUUAGAAAACUGAUAGAGCAAUCAAGCAUGGAUUAUUCCCUGGCAUGGAAGCGCUUUGAGAAAGCAGAGGCUGAGUAUGUUGCCGCUAAGAUGGACUUGCACAGGAAAACGGAGGUGAAAGAGCAGCUGACAGAGCACCUGUGUGCAAUCAUCCAACAGAAUGAGCUGCGCAAGGCCUGCAAACUGGAUGAGUUGAUGAUUCAGCUAGAGCUUAAUGCUGAGGAUGUCCCCAUCCCAGAGGAAACCGAUCUAGAGGACAAAGAGAGGGAGGCCAACUCCCAGCCUGUUACUAAAAACGGUCCUGCAGCAGACACGGAGGGGCGUACAGAGGUGGAUGGCUCAAGUAUGAGCAAAGACAGUUCCAUUACAGAACCAACGAUCAGCCAAGACAAUCAGGAGAGCAAAGCAACAGAUGUUUCUGCAGAUGGGCUAAGCUAGCUUCCAAACAUCAUCAGUUUAAUAGAGGCUGUAUGACGGUUUACAUAACACUUGCUACCAACUUUAGAAAUUGUGAGAGUGUUGAACAAACCAACAAUCCUGCAUUUUGUGAGGAUAAAGGCAGCCUCAGUGUGAUAUUGGUGUCAGGUUUCCAAAUACUGUGAGCGUUAUUCCAUUACUACUACUACUAGCAUUAAAAAUGCCUGAACAUUACAGGGCUAAAAUAUUGAUUAUGAUCUGUUAAGCUCGGUUUUUGGUUAUAAUUAAGGGUGCUACAUGAUCUUAAAUGUGGGCAGUUAAAAUGGUAUGCAUUAGGUAAAUGGAGUACAAAUCUCUUGAAAACAUUGUGCAUCUUAAAAACACUAUAAAAGACUAAAUACUGUUAACUUGAUUGUUUUAUAACUUUGACAUUAUUCAAAAUGGAAUAGACAAUACAAUACUGGUGGUAGUUUGUAGCUGUGAUUUAUUUCCCAUGAUGUUGCACAAGUGAAUGGUGGAAUCUUUUAUCUGUAUAUGGGUUUUAUCAUA